AGCAUCAUCAUGGAUAUUUUCAAGAUAGCCAACUAUGUGGGAUAUGUCCACUGUGAUCCCGCUGUUAAUGUUGCAUUCCCCGUGGUGCAACUUGUCUUUGUUAUUGUACAGACAUACUUUCUGUGCAUCCAUUCAAAAGAUUGUGUGCAGCUGCAGAGGAACCUUUCACGCUGUGGCCUGAUGCUCACACUCUCUACAAACCUGGUUAUUUGGAUGGCUGAGGUCACUGAGGAGUCUCUUCACCAAACAACGGUGCCCCAACACCCGACUAACGUCACGCAACACUCAACACGGGACCUGUACAUCAGUAGAAAUGGUUAUGGAGAUGAUUCCUGUAAAUGCAGCCACACUUCAUGCAGUCUCUUCAAGGCGGUCUACUACUACCUGUACCCCUUCAAUAUCGAGUACUGCCUCUUUGCUUCAGCCAUGGCCUACGUUAUGUGGAAGAAUGUAGGGCGAGUCUCACCUGAAUUCAGCCACCACACCAAAUUUAGUCUCAGGAACAUCUUKGUUGGUCCAGUUAUGGGGCUAGUCAUGGUGGUCGCAGGCCUGGCGACAUUCACUUUGUAUGAAAUUGAAAUGAAUACCAACUACAACGACCAGGAGGGCAGAGACAAUGCAGUUAUGAUGCACUUUGUCAUGAAUAUAGUCAUUGUGACAUCGAUGUCGCUCUGCACCAUUGUCGGCUGUGCCAUCUUCAGGGUAGAACACAGGGAGCACAGCACAGAGAAGAACCCCAUCCGCAGCCUGGACGUAGGGCUGCUGGUGGGAUCCUCGCUGGGCCAGUUCAUCAUCAGCUACUUCUCCAUCGUUGCAAUGGUAGCAACCGGAGCCAACAGCUACCUGAACAGGCUCAACCUGACCUGGGGUUUGGUCAUGGUGGUCCAGCUUGGCCUGCAGGAUUGUUUCAUAAUUGAAGGCCUGCACAGAGAGCCCUUCCAUGAAGCGGUGGUAAAUCCAUAUGUGACAAAAACAAGCAAAGAUGGGGGCAACCUUGAAAAAACAGACACGGAGAAAAAAGCCGAACCCGACGCUGAAGCACAGAGCCACGGUGGGACGGCGGAGAACCACCACAGACUGUUGUGGAAGCGGCGGGUGCUGAGGGAGGUCUGUGCCUUUCUGCUGCUGGGCAAUGUCAUUCUGUGGGUGAUGCCCGCAUUUGGUGCUCGUCCCCAGUUUGACCACGACGCUGAAACCGAGUUCUAUCAGUUCAACACGUGGGCUACUAUUGUGAACGUGGGUCUUCCUUUUGGCAUCUUUUACCGCAUGCAUUCAGUCGGCAGUCUCUUUGAAGUGCUCCUGAACUCCUAAACGCAGUGGUUCCCAAUCCUGCUCCUCGAGUACCCCUAUCCAGCAUGUUUUAYUWGUUUCCCUGCUAUKCAGCAG